UGUUUGUCACUUAUGCUGCAAAAUGGAAGACGGUGAAAUUUCGGGAUCCGACGAGGAAAUCGGCGCCUCGACGAAAGCAGCACAGUCAUUCAUGACUAUUCAGACAAACAUCCCAGCCAAAUCACCUCCUAAUAUACCAAGUUACCGUGCUCCUCAAACCAAUAACUCCAGCUCAGAAGAUAGCGACAGCAAUGAUAGUGAUGAGGAUGAUGACGGAAUUUCCUUUAAGCGAAAAAAGAGCAGUCAUAGUACACGAUCUAUGGACUUCAAUUCUCAUUCAACAUUUCAAAAUCCCAUACUUUUACACAAACAACAAAAUGCGAGAAAUGAUUUUUCUAAUGGUAACAAAACUGAGGUAACUUCUGGAAGCAAAGGGCGCAGAAAGAACAAUAUUUGGGGAAGUGUUGUUCAAGAACAAGCAGUCUCGUCAGUGCUAACAAGUUUUGGAAUGGACAGAAACCCCAGUGAUGACGAAGAAAGAAAUGUUGAAAGUUAUGACUAUAAAUCUGCUAAAGAUGACACUCGUCCUGACAUCGAAAAAAUUGAAGUAACACCUAACGAUCCCUUUGAACAAAUUUUGAAAGGAAGUGAUCAAAAGGACAAUGAAGAUGAAAUGCCUGUUGAUAAUAUUAAGCCUUUACCUGAUGCUCGAGAGAAAAUAGAAAAGUCAAGGGCACGCAAAAGAACAGUGCGUGAUAGACUAGGACAGAGGACCUAUGAUAAGCAUAAGCCUAGAGAUCACCUAAAAGCAACUCCUGAAGACCCAAUAGAGAAGGUUCUUGAAGUGAUACUUCAACGACUUGAUGAAAAAAAUGAAGAACUUUUUACCAACAUAAUGAACUGUGUAGGAAGCAAAAAGGCACUAGAACUCCUGUAUCUAACAGAGGAUGUUGAGGAAUCUGGUGGCAUGAUGAUUAUGAAUGGCCAAAGAAGACGGACACCAGGGGGUGUGUACAUCCAGCUCCUAAAGUCUGACAAAAGUGUAACCAAGGAAAUGCUUGAUGAAAUAUUUGCAUGUGAAAAAAUACAAGACAGAAAACGUGCACAGAGAAGAAAACAAUUUAGACGGAAAAAACAAAAUACUUCACAAGAUAGCCUAAUGGCAGACCUUGCACGUUACCAGAGAGAACGAGAACGUAUGAAGGCCAAAGGUCACUUAGGUGAAAGUAACAGACCAGGGUCAAGGUCAUCCAGGACAUCAAGUACAAAUUCUCAAGAAAUGGAAAAUGAUGAUGAAAGUGACAGUAUAGUAAAGGAUUCCAUGUAUAUUAGACCAAUUGAACCAGCAGAUGUCAUAAAAUCUGCUAACAGUAAUACUGACCCUUUAACUGGAAGUAAAGACACUGAAGAGAUGGAAUCUGAGAUAAACAAAGGAACUGAGAAGGAUAUUAUUAAACCUAAUGCUAUAAAUGAAUCUGAAGAUGUUGAACUUGAAGAUGGUGAAUGUUCUGAUUGAAUUAUCGUAGAGAUUCUGAUACACGCAGAGAAUGAAAAUGAAGCCAAAACUAUUAGAAAUGUUCUUCAAGAUUUUACUUCAUUUUCACAAUUCAAACCAAAUGUGUACGAAAUUGUCAAUAUUUCAUGUUUCUUCUCAUUUCAAAUAUGUGCAAUGGGCUUCUAAGUUGGAUAAAAAUCUAUUUCACAAAAUCCCAAGUAGUUUCAGUUAUCACUAGUGUCAGUGCUUUGGAGAUCAAAGAUAUGUCACAAAGAGAAUGUAAAUCUUAACUUGUACUUCAAUCAGGGUACAAUGGCCCUUGGGAUUUAGCAAUGAAUGUAAGGUAUUACUGUACAUUUUUCAGUCUUUAUUUUUUCAUGUCACAGUCUUUGUUCUCCAAAUAAACAUGAAUCAAAGUUCAUCAUCCUCCGAAGUU